CCAGAGGGUGUGGAAGAGGUGGAGGACGUGGAGGACGGCGUCUAUCACGACGAGGUGGAGAUCGAGGACUUCGCGUAUGACGAGGAGACGGACACAUUCAGCUAUCCCUGUCCUUGUGGUGACACUUUCACCAUCACUAGAGAAGACCUCGAGAACGGCGAAGACGUGGCCCGAUGUCCGUCGUGUUCGCUAAUUGUUCGCGUCAUCUAUAAUAUCGAUGACAUACCGACCAUCUGUUCCCAACUCAAGACAACUAAAUCAUCCGAUAUUCUCAUAACUAAUUGAUUUGUUAACUCAUUAAACCAUCGUUUCGUUUAUUAUUCAAAUUAAAUAUAUAUUUAAUUCAUUAA